UUAAUUCACUAUCAUUUGUUUUAUAAUAUUGUCUGAUUUAUGUUUAAACAGGUUUAAGAUAAUACCGUUACACUCAACCCUGUCCAGUGAAGACCAGCACGCUGUGUUCUUAAAACCUCCAGAGGGUGUUACAAAGAUCGUCAUAGCAACAAAUAUCGCUGAGACGUCCAUCACUAUUGACGACAUUGUGUAUGUCAUAGAUGCUGGCAUGAUGAAGGAAAAACGGUAUGAUGCCACUAAGGGUAUGGAGAGUCUGGAGACAGUAACAGUGUCCCGUGCCAAUGCCCAGCAGAGGAAGGGACGUGCGGGACGUGUCACUAACGGGGUGAGCUUCCACCUGUUCACCAGCCACAGAUACCAAUACCACAUGAAGGAACAACCCAUUCCAGAAAUACAGCGAGCUCCACUUGAACAGAUUGUACUGAGGAUAAAAAUGUUGGAUAUUUUCAACAGAUUGCAUGCACAG